AAAUAACGCCUUUUGCUCACCUCAGUAACUAUCACUAUAAGUUUGUUCUCGUUUCUGGUACUUUUUAUAAUCAGCACAUUCGUUUCCUCUUUCUCGCCCGAAUAUAUAUUUAUUUUAUUUUAAGUGCAAAAAUUUUUGAAGAUUUCCAGCAAUACGAAGGCCUCAUGUUUUCUAUCACCAGUGUUAUAAUCUCGUAUCUAAUAUGUCACACCUAUGGUUUGUCAGAUUCACAAAUCCUAAGCGACAACUAUGACGAUGCUUUGGAUAGCGAGAUCUCCCCUUAUCAUGUUUCACUGAAACUUUUAAGUACUGAGGAGCAUAUUUGCAGUGGAGCUAUCAUUCACAAGAAAUAUGUUAUCACCGCGGCGAACUGCUUGGAGGAUCAUGAUUCAGCCGAUAUUGUGGUCGACGUUGGAAACAAUGAGCUUUAUAUUCCUGAAAAUAGAUAUAUAGCAUACAGCUUAAUAAUACACCCUCAUUACAAUAAGACACAAAAUAUAAAUGAUAUUGGUUUAAUUAAUUUAACGAAAGAGAUCGGCUUUAAUAAAUAUAUCAAAUCGAUAGAUUUAAUAUCUUACGACGAAAAUUUCGAAGGUCAUGUCUUUAUAACUGCUCACUGGAGAAAGUUUUGGAGUUUCAAUCUAGAACACCUUCAAAAAAUUAAUGUAACAGGAUUUUCUCAAACAUCGUGCGGCAAUACGUAUCUAAAUAUUACCAAUAAACAUAUAUGUACCAUUCAAAUGAGUCAAGAUACAUGCGAUGAAAAGUUUGGUCGUCCGCUUACUUACAAAGGCAACCUCGUUGGCAUCCUUGGUAAUAUGUUGUCCUUUGGUAAAUGGCCGUGUGUCGUUAGUACCUUACCAGAUGUGUUCACCAAAGUGUACUAUUACAGACAGUGGAUUAACGAUACUAUUAAUGCAGACAGCAAAAUAUAUCAUUACAGUCAGUCGAUUGACAAUAGUAUUAAUGUAGGCAUCAACGAACAAUUCAACUUUUUUGGGCCGAUAUUCAUAUUUAGAUCUUAUAUUCAAGACCGUCUUAAAUACAGUCUUAAGAAGUCACGAAUCAAUCAGAGGACCACAUUAGCGUCUUAAGACACUAUUGAAACAAGAACUACAAAUACCGCCUUUGGACUUUUUAUCUAUAGCUGCCCGAGAGAGAGGGAUCAUCACUAGUCACAUUCUUUCAUGGGAUCAGGGAUGAGACUACCAAGAUUCCGAAAGUCCAAGCUGGUACAAUCCCGAAGAAGCUGUAUAAAUAUAUCUCUAUUUGUUGAAGUUAUAUAAAUGUGGGCUUAAACCGAAU